UCACGUUCCUCGUUGCUGUAGGCGGGCCGAUCAACGCGGUAGUCAGGCUGCGUCAAGCGGAAGGUGCGUGAUGUCCUUGCCUGCUUGAUUUUGGGGCUAACGUGGAUUAAAAAACUCACCCCGUGUUUGGUGGAGGUCACUGUUUUCAUAUUGCAUGCCUUUCCUUUUCUGUCUUCCAGGUUUGACUUCCACUACAGUCCAUCAUGCCUCUUCAUAAAUACCCCCCCAAAAUCUGGGAUGCCCUGAAACUGAAGCAGGGCAUCUACGCUCGCCUCCCUAAACACUACCUCAAGUCCCUCGAGCAGAAAGAGCCCACCCCGGUCCACUGGAGGCCUCUGGGAGUCAAGUACCGAGCCAACCCGCAGACGGGCCACAAGGAACGGGUGCAGGAUGUCCCCAUCCCCAUCUACUACCCUCCACAAUCGCAGGACGGCCUGUGGGGAGGAGAAGGCUGGAUAUCAGGCUUCAGAUACGCCAACAAUGACAAAUUGUCAACUCGUCUGAGGAAGACCUGGAAACCGCAACUGCUCAAGAGAGAGCUGUACAGCGAGAUCCUCGACCACAAGUUCACCAUCCCAGUCACGCCGCGCACUCUGGAUCUAAUCGAUGCUGCCUACGGAUUUGACUUUUAUAUUCUUAAAACACAAAAGGAAGACCUGAACUCCAAGCUGGGGAUGGACCUGAAGAGGGCCAUGCUGCUUCGACUGGCACGCAAAAGCACAGAGCUUUACCCCAACGACCCCGUCAAGAGAGAGACGGUCUACAACAAAUACAAGCAGUUUGAGAUCCCAGAGGAGGAGGCAGAGUGGUUGGGUCUGAAUCUGGAGGAGGCCGUUGAAAAACAGAGGCAGCUGGAGCACAAAGAGCCCGAGCCUCUGUUCAAGGUCUGCGUGGAUGAGCUGGUGAAGGAGCUGCAUGUUCAAAAACUCUCAGAGCCGGUCCUCAUAGAGAAGAAGUGACCACCUGAGCUGUCAAAGCCAGACCAGAGACAGCUUCUGAAACUGAAAGAAUGAGUAGGUUGAACUGUCAAGCUUCUCCAGGUGGUGGUGGUGGGAGUUUCAGAGUUUCUGAAUCAUUUUCACUCGGGGGAACUUCCUGCUGUUUCAGCUUGUAUUUCCAUUCGGGAGCGACACAAAGGUGGAAGUGACACAAAUGACGAGGUCAUGUUGGAGUAAUGUUUAUUUAUUUCCUCAUUUAAGUUUCAUACACAAGACAUUUUAGGAAUUGAGGGAGAAGCCUCCAUGAGUGUGAAGACUCCCCGAACAGCUGUGAUAGAAAGCCCCAUGUACAGGACAUCUAAAAAAAUAAAAGAUUGCCAUUUUUUCUUAAA